UAAAGUUUAGAUGAAAUGUAAAGAUGCUUCAGUGUGUGUUUAAAUCACCCACAGUCAAUGUUUGUGAGUGUUUUGAGAUUUUUUUUUUUCUUUGUCACAGUCAGAGAUGACAACCGGUCAUCUCCUCCACCAAUCACAUCCCUCCGUUGGCUUGAGGAUGAGGGAGAUUUGAAGAUGAAGGACUCUAUUUAUCAGAUCUGCACAGCAACCAUCCGCCACACAUCGCUUGACUUGUUGGAGUUUGCCAGAUUUGGGACAAACUCGGGUUCGGGGUUUGUGAAGAUGCUUUGCUCUCAGAUGAAGGCGCUUGUUGUGGCUUUGUGCUCCUCCAUGCUGGCGCUCCACGUCAGCUCUGCUCCACAAAUGGAUGAACUCACGGAAACCCUACAAGCAGAACUGAUCAGUGAUAAGGAUCUAACCGGCUUGCUCUUGCUGAGGCUCAUGUCUGAACUGACGGCGUCCAGAGGAGAAGAGAUGCUCCGCGAGCAGGAGGAGGAGGAGGAGGAACUCGGAGGCAGGCAGAGGCUGAUGAGACGACACAUCCGCUUCACCCACCGAGAGCGCAAGGCAGGCUGCCGAAACUUCUUCUGGAAGACUUUCACCUCAUGUUAGCAUGAGACGCAUUGGGACCUCUAAACGUGGAAUAAUUACGUUGUUCAAACGAGUCGCUGCAAAGUAACAAGUAUGCUUUGGUCACCUGAAAUGUAUAAUUCAAGAUAUUUAAACUCUUCUGAAAUAAAAGAUAACUUUUGAACCUUCAUUUACUACGUCAGGUAACAUAUUAUUGUUACUGAGCCAGGAAAGUAACGUAAAUGCAUAGAAGUGUCUUAAUACAAAGCAACUCAUGCACAAAUAACAUGCAUUAAAAUAAAUAUCCACCCUUUUACUGCACGUUCAAUAAAAUACGUGCUUUUUAUUAUUUAACAUGUUUAUUCAGCCCCCCCCCAAGAAACAGCGCCAAGAGUAAAUCUGACACUUGCAGGACCGGUUCACAACAUCUUAAAAAGCACAUUAAUGAAGUCGGCGUAAUUCAGGACCUUAAAAAGUCGUCUGAGCAACAACGAAACGUUUACCUUUAGUGAUGAAACUGCAGUACAAAUACUUCACGAGGUUAAGUAACAGGUGAAAUAUCUGAACCGUUUUAGCAAAAGUCACAGUCAACCAAGCAGGAUCAUUACGACGCCGAGAUGAAAUCCUUGAGGUAAGGCUUUCAAAUCUGUAGCCCUUUAGGUUUAAAAAAAAAAAAAAAAAAAAAAAAGAGGACGGAAACAGGGAUGCUACACAUUUUCCAUUUCAUGUUUUGCAUUUCUUAAGUUUUAAACAUAUUUUCGCAUCUAAGGUACAAAAACAUUUACUGUGGUUUUCUUUAUGAUUUGUGUUCUUAUCAGUGUCCCCAAAAUUGUACAGAAGAUCCAUUAUGUGACCUGCAAUAGUUGUAAAGCUGUGGAAGCGUCCAGGGUUUCUCCUUCAGAGGGUCUAAAACAUCAAUGUGCAUGAAUCAAAAUUAGAUUUUGGAGCAAUUUAUCAUUCACAAAAUUCA